AUGGGCCUCCUGUUUUCAAAAAUAUGGAGUUACUUCGGCACCGAAGAGCACAAAAUCGUCAUCAUUGGCCUAGACAAUGCGGGCAAGACUACCAUAUUGUAUCAGUUCCUAAUGAACGAAGUCGUACAUACUUCACCGACUAUUGGCUCAAACGUUGAAGAAGUUAUAUGGAACAACAUACAUUUCAUAAUGUGGGAUCUGGGUGGACAGCAGUCCCUCAGAGCUGCUUGGUCCACCUACUAUUGCAACACUGAGUUUGUAAUAGUGGUCAUUGACUCAACAGAUCGCAGUCGUCUGGAUUUGAGUCGUGAAGAACUUUAUAAAGUGUUGAACAAUGAUGAACUAUCUUCAGCUGCGAUUCUUGUUUAUGCCAACAAACAAGACAUGAAAGGUGCAUUAACCGCUGCAGAGAUUAGUAAACAUUUAAACCUGACUUCCAUUAAGAAACAACAGUGGCAUAUCCAAGCUUGUUGUGCUUUGACUGGUGAAGGAUUGUAUCAAGGGCUAGAAUGGAUAUGCAGUCAAUUGAAGAACAAAUAA